AGGACACUAUUCACGCCCAUUAAUUGCCUUACACUUCUUAAUCGAACCGGUUGAAAAUGUUUUCAUUUAUAUAACUGUAUGAGGAUUUUCUUCUUACGGGAAACACUUCCAAGCCACAAAAUACAAUGUCGUAUGAUAGCCGGUGGAGCUGGUCGUAAGAGUCAUCUUUGAUGUGUAGAAUAGCCACCCGGCGUGUAUGCCAUGAAGGUUUGUGUGGAUAUUAAACGCAGCGUUAUGAUUUGUGACAUUUGUUCAGAAAACUGAGUGUAUAGCGUCUGAUUGUCCAAAAUGUCGAAGAAAUCUGUGUUCCUGGAUGUCGACAGUUCUCUUUUAGAAAAACGACUGUUGGUAGAGCCUACAGAUGAAGAAGAAAUCGAAACAUUAUUUCCUGAACUCAGGGAGGCCGCAAAUGCAGUGCCGUGGAAAUACGUACAGCCAUUACCAGGAAUGUGUGUGAAGACAAAAACUUCAGAGGGAGACAAAGUGUUCGUGAACAUAUGCCACACUGAAGAAAUUCCAAAGCCAGCUGAUGUCACUGAAGAUGAAUUGAUGGCUAUCUGGAAUUCUGAUGAAGCACCAAGUUACCGUUUACCACUAAGCAUGGGUGAACCAAGAGAUGUGGAAGAUAAAUCAGGAAAACCAGCAAAAGCUUUUGAUGUGGCCAUCAACACUGAAUUCUUCAAGAAAGUUUCAACCAACAAGGUUUUCAGGAACUUUCUGUUACUUGUAGUAAUGGAAGGUCUUGAAGAUAAAUAUAAAAUGCAGAUUGAUACAGUAGAGUACACCAUUCUGAAGAACCGCAAAGCAAUAGGAACACUUCAGAAACACCGUAUAGAGCAGCGUCCACCAAAGAAGGGACCUCUUAUACAGGAAAUUGGCAACAAGACUCCUGAGGUCCAGAAGCAGCCUGAGAAGAAAAAGGAUAUAUCCGAUGAUAGGCUGCCUACUCCCUCCUCUGUGAGCAAAGGAAAUACAGUGUCAGGUUCGAGGGAACCAGAAUACAGGAUAGUGCGUGAGCCUGCUGAUGGUGAACCUCAACUUUUGAUUGCUACUUUUGUGUUACCAGAUGUGCUUUCAGCACGAGAAAUUGCCUUGGACGUGGGUGAAGAUCGUAUUGUAUUUGAAAGUCGUAAAAGGAACUAUCUGCUUGAUAUUUUCAUACCUUAUACAGUUGAUCAAGAGAAGACAAUUGCAGAGUUUGAGCCCAGUAGUAAGGUUCUUACUCUGAAGAUGCCCGUGACAACUGCAACGUAAAACAAGUUACAAUAGCACAGUAUCAUAAGAGACAUAAAACAAUUUAUGUUUUAUUUUUCUUUUAAAAUUAUUCAGAUAUUAAUACUUCCUUUAAUUUCCUGUUAAUUAUUAGAUUUUGCAUUUCUUUCAACAUAAUUUUUCAUUGAUAAGUAUUGAAACAAGGUAAUUAGCAGUGCCUUCAAAAACUGUAAAUAAUAAUCU